GCUCCGGGAACAGCUGCCAUGGCCCUCCUGCUGCUGGCCGCCCUGCUGGGCCUCCCUCUGGCCCAGGCUCUGGACUGUCACGUGUGCGCCUACCACGGAGACAACUGCUUCAACCCCAUGCGCUGCCACAUGGUCAGAUACUGCAUGACCACUCGUACCUACUACACCCCCACCAAGAUGAAGGUGAGCAAGUCGUGCGUGCCCAGCUGCUUUGAGACCGUGUACGAUGGCUACUCCAAGCACGCCUCCACCACCUCCUGCUGCCAGUACGACCUGUGCAACACGGCGGGCCUUGCCGUGCCCAGUGCCCUGAGCCUGCUGGUCGCCCUGCUGGCCGCCCUCCGGGCUCUGUUCUAGGGCUGGCUCCAGCUAGGAGACACCCACUCAUCUUCGUGCCCUGGCCACACCUGGCGCCCACAACUGUCUACAGGAAGACCCCCACCCCACCCCGCCUGUCCAACUGAGCUCCUCCCCCAGCCACAGGCAUGUGGCUUGGGCUGAGCUUGGGGAGGGCAUUCCCUUGGGGCCCAGCUGUAGGUGCUCGUGAGUGGGGGGGACG